GAGUGAGGUUUGGCCGCCACCAAAGUUACUUCUAGUCCCUGCUGUCCACUCCUGCCCUCAGUCUGGACCUGCCCAAGGACCCCUGCAAUUAGGCCUCCCACGCAGAGGUCUGUGAGAGCCCAAGCCAAGCGCUCCUGGCCCCGUGGCUGGCUACUUAUGAGGAACUGUCCUACCCAGCUCUGCUAAGAUGCUCCUGGCCCCUCCCUCCACUCCGUCCAGAGCAAGGACCCCCAGCGCUGUGGAGAGGCUGGAAGCCGACAAAGCCAAGUAUGUCAAGACGUACCAGGUGAUAGCUAGGCGACAGGAGCCAGCCCUGCGUGGGAGUCCCGGGCCGCUGACGCCGCACCCCUGCAACGAGCUGGGGCCCCCUGCAUCGCCCAGGACGCCCAGGCCGGCCCGCCGCGGAAGCAGCAGGCGGCUGCCAAGGCCUGACUCCCUCAUCUUUUACCGCCAGAAGCGGGACUGCAAAGCUUCGGUGAACAAAGAGAACGCCAAAGGCCAGGGGCUGGUGCGGCGCCUCUUUCUGGGCGCCCCGCGGGACGCUGCCCCGAGUAGCCCCGCCUCCACAGAGCGACCUGCGGCUUCAGGGGGUUGGGCCGCGCCCCAGGAUGCCCCGGAAGCGACGGGAAAGCGGGAGUUGUGCCCCACGUGCUCACUGCCCCUGUCGGAGAAGGAGCGCUUCUUCAACUACUGCGGCCUGGAGCGCGCGCUGGUGGAGGUUCUGGGCGCAGAGCGCUUCUCCCCGCAGAGCUGGGGCGCCGAGGCCAGCCCGCAGGCCGGAACUUCGCCGCCGCCCGGCUCCGGGGACGCCAGCGACUGGACGUCCAGCGACAGGGGCGUGGACAGCCCGGACGGCGCGGGCGGCGACGGCGGCGGCUCGGAGGCAGGGGGCUCGGCGCGGGACGGGCGCCCCCCGGUGUCGGUGGUGGAGCGCAACGCGCGCGUCAUCCAGUGGCUGUACGGCUGCCAGCGCGCCCGCGGACCGCCGCGCGAGUCCGAGGUGUGACCGCCGCGGCUCCGGAGCCGGCUCCAGGGGAGUGCGGAGCGCGGGGCUGGCCCCGGGCACGGACGGGGACACCCCGCUUCUGAAGCGCUGGGUGCCUUUGCGCAAGCCCGCCUUUGCGCAAGCCCUUCCCUCUGGAACUCAGUUUCGCGUCUGAACCUUGGAGAGGGGGGAUAAGUUGCUGGCGAAGGCCCUUCCCUGAGCCCGCGGCGAAGGGAGAGGGAGGUGCCUUGUGGCCCCUGUGGAGGCCAGGUCUGGGGAGUCAGGACUUGGUGGGAGAUGCGCAAACCUGCUGAAUACAGCUAAAAUGUAAUUUAAAUGGGGAGCUGAGGAAGGAGGCAAACCGGUUUUUGUGGUUAACCGAGCGGGUUCUGGAGUGUGGGUUCCCGACUGACUACUGUGUGACCCUGGGCAAGCACUUGACCUCUGAAGCAGCUGGACCCCUCCGUUACUAAGGAGGGAGGAGUAGGGGAUGCAAGUAUUUCAAAAUAGUUGUAACGCGCAUGGCAAAGUGCCCAGCAUAGAGAAAGUGCUCAAUAAACGAUAACUGCUGUGACUUCUACUGAAUUA